GAACAGCCAGGUCCGACCUUGAUAAGAUUAGCAUUGGGAUGAUAUAGUCUAGGAUCAAUUUCGCUGCUUGACGGCCAUUUUACCACGCUACCGUUUGGUAAACUCCUCACAACGACGAAAUAGGGCCACUAUGGAGAACGAUUUAUCCCUAUCCCAAUCCUUAGGUGGUUUGCGGAUAGCCAAUCCUGAUGAUGCAUCGUCGGGUACAUCAACUCUAGAAACAUCAAAUGAUCGCAAUCACGAACAGACAAAUUACGAUUCUACAUUUAUGCCACACCAAGCCGCGGAUUCGACCUCUUCGGAAUCCAAGGACGCGCGGAAAACCCCAGACUCCCAAACGCAAUCAAAACGACAUUCCAUCUUUAAUAUCCUCCGACGUGGCUCACCUACCGACCCUUCUUCAAACUCUACGUCCACCCCCGAUUUUCCACAAACUUCAGAUCCGAAACGCCCGAGUUCACGCUCGGCGUCGAGUGGUGGUGAAUCUACAAAAGUGCAGGCGCAACAAGAGCCUCUGCCAAGAACCGUUGCAGCGAAGCCCUACCGACAAUCAAUGCCCAUGAAUCAUCAAUCCCAACAACAACAAGCAUUUCCCCCAUAUCAACCACACCCAAUGCAGAACGGAAAUCGAGCAUAUCCUCCUCCCGGAGCCAAUCGUCCAAUCUCAGGUGUCUACGCAGCGCAACCCCCUCCAAACGCAAUUCCAAACAGAGACCACGGAUCAUACAGGGUAAGAAGCGAAUCUUCGCAUUCUUCAGGACACGGGGGAAUACCGUCAAGGAGCGAUUCAAGGUCGGCAGCCACAGCAAUGCAGGCAGGAGUACCCUCGAGGGAAGCGAGUCAUAGAGAACGAUCUUACAAUAACAGCCUUAACAUGCCACCGGGCAACGGGCCUGUGCCACCAAGGCGAACAUCGAGAGGAGUGGGCGGAGGUUACGAUAAUCCGGCACAUUCCAUGGCUGCUGCUAAUACACAUUACGACACCGAGGGAAACGUGGUCACCGCUGAAGAGUGGAAAGUUAGAGGUGCCGCAGUCGGUGUUCGUGAGGAGGUUGAUGCGGAUGGAAAGGUGCACUUGAAGCAAGUAAGGAAGGGAGUGCAAGACUUCAUUUUUGGGCGAACGUUAGGAGAGGGCUCAUACAGCACUGUGUUAUUCGCAACCGACCGUCAGACACUAAUAGAUCAUGCCGUGAAGAUUUUGGACAAGAAGCAUAUAAUCAAGGAGAAGAAGAUAAAAUAUGUGAACAUAGAGAAAGACACUUUGAACCGGUUAUCAGACCACCCAGGCAUCAUUCGAUUAUUCUUCACCUUCCAAGAUAGCGCAUGUUUAUACUAUGUUCUUGAGUACGCUAGCGGCGGAGAACUGUUGGGAGUUUUGAAAAAGACUGGAUCAUUUGAUGUGGAGUGUACAAGAUUCUACGGCGCUCAACUUCUUGAGGCGAUAGACUGUAUGCACCAGAAGGGCGUGAUACACCGAGAUCUGAAACCAGAAAACGUUCUAUUGGAUGAUAAAAUGCACAUUAAGAUCACGGACUUUGGAACUGCUAAACUACUCCCCGCUCCUACCUCAACAUCGAAGCCAUAUGACAUAACUAGCAAUAGCGAAGAUGAAUCGACAAGAGCAAGUUCUUUUGUUGGGACAGCCGAGUACGUUAGCCCUGAAUUGUUGACGGAUAAAAAUGCUUGCAAAGCUAGUGAUUUAUGGGCGUAUGGGUGUAUUAUAUACCAACUCCUGGCUGGACGACCUCCAUUCAAAGCUGCGAAUGAAUACUUGACCUUUCAGAAGAUUGUCAGUUUGGAGUAUGAGUUUCCCCCAGGAUUCCCCCCUGCUGCUAGAGAUCUUGUCGAAAGACUCCUUGUUCUUGACCCACAAAGAAGAUUAUCGAUCGAGCACAUCAAAAACCACGAAUUUUUCGAUGGGGUGAGAUUCAGUCGCGAACUGUGGAAGGUUAAAGCCCCCAGGUUAAAGCCUUACGUUCCGCCGGCACAAGAACCUCAAUUGAUCAUGCUCAAUAAUACAUUUUCAACCACACCGCCAACAUCACGAGCACCACCACAACCUACUCCAUCAAACGGCAACUCAAGGCCACAACCCAGGAUAAUCACUGAACUUCCUCCACCAACCCAGUUGGAUAUCGAAUGGUCGCCCGUGUUGACACGGAACAAUGAGCGUAUUUUGAAAUUGGGGAAUUUAAUGGUUCUAUCGUCGCCGUUACCACAUAGUCCCAACUCGAGGAAUGGUGAAGAAGUCCCUGAAAAGAAAGGAGGGUUCGCUAGAUUUUUCGGGGGUUCAACGACCAAGAAGAGAGCAAGGCUUGUGAUGGUUACAUCUAGUGCGAGGAUUAUUCUUGCUGCUGCGGGAGGCGAUGAGAAGAAAACCAAAACAGAAAUUUCCUUGCUAGCUUCCGAUUGCUCAUGGAGAACGCAAUCUGAUUCCAAGGGCCAAUCUGUGUGGUGCGUGGACACACGCGGGACACAUUAUACGUUUGAAGAUACCAAGACUUCAACAACUGCCAAUGAUCCUUCGAAAACAUCAGCACAGGAAUGGAUUGAAGCCAUCGAGAAAGCCAAAGACAUGGCUUUAUCACAAAAUAUGGUUGGCUCCUAUAACAGUGACGCUGGAUUUGAUAUGUCGUCCGCCGCCACGAGUCCUACUAGCACUAUUCAUGGACCAAGCAUCUAUCAAGAUAGUUACGGCCCCAGUGAUCGGUCAGGUCGAAAUCAUUUAACCAAAAGUCAAGCUAGCCUUGGAGGAGAUGAAUCCUUAGGCGACGCUAGAAAGAAGUCACAUCGUUUCAGCAAACGGCAAUCUAAGAACGGACUUUCAACGCCCUUCUAAUGGUUGUCUGUGCGGCUCAAGAACAAGAUUCGUCGAGUUUUCAAGUCAUUUAGGGUGGGAAUGCGUUUGGACCUGGGUUCCGAGACUUCCGCGGCACGGCACUUGUAGAAAAACACGAGUCCAUAAAUUUAUCCCAUUUGUCACACAUCAAAUGAUGUAUUUUCCAAUCAUUGUCCAUUUAUCGAUCGGCAUUUGCUAGCGUGGCGCAAGGUCUCGGGAUUUUUUUUAACUUGGUUGGUGCAUCUGAAGUGCAGCAUCUGAUAGCCCUUUCUUUCUCGGUUUCAUGGAGCAGGAAGCAAUUUAUAACGACUUGACAUGAAUUUCUGUUACUUUCACUUUUCUUCGUAGCCACAACUCUCAGCUGCUACAUAGCUCCUUCAAAUUUCGCCUUCAAACUCGCCGUGCAUCCAUCACUCACUUCUUCGCUACGAUCUGUCGAGACAGAGAACAACCCAAUGGUCUUCGUAUAUUUGCGUCUGUGAAGCAAAUGUGAGUUAAGGCUCCGGGUAUUUUGGAGACUACGCUCUCUUCCUUCCUUAUUGAGCGUUUUUCUAUCUCAGCUAUUUUCUACACGGCGGAUCUUUGAUUUCGAAGUAUUUCUUCCUACUUUUUUUUUUCUUUUGUUACAAAUGCCAGCUCGUGUUUGAAAAUCAUGAAAGAUGGGCUGGAGAGAGGUUUUUUUUUUAUAAUAAUUAUAUUCGCUACCUACUUAGCUUGCUGAAAUACUAUGGAUAUGGACAGAUGGGCAGUAGUGAUUUCUUUUUGGUACUCUUGGGAUUUGAAAAUUCGAAAUGCGGGAUUGGGAAUCGAUCGCGUUUUAAAGGAUUUUCGUAUUGGGAUUUAGGAGAGAGGUGGGAUGGGAUGGCAAGAUGUUUGAUGUGUUGAUUAAGUUUUAGAGAGGUGUGGAGGGGGGUAGAGGGGGAUGAAUGGAUGGAGGGUUUAGGAGUGAGGAAGAAGAGAGGAAAGAGGAAAGCCAAGAUAGGAUGGUAGAUUGGAAUGGAAUGGAAUGGAGUAGUAUGGGGUUGGUUUAGGAUGGAGUAACAUCAUGGAGAAGAUAAAUGCAAAUGCAAAUGCAAAUGUAUCUGCACAUAAAUGCAGAUAUAAGAUUUUGAGAGAGAGAAAAAACGAACCGUGAGAGUGUAGAGUGUAGAUUAUAUGAGGAGUUGUGAAAUAAUAGAUGAAAAGAGAGGUUAAUAUAUAAAAAGAUAAGAGGAGAGGAGAGGAGAGGAGAGGUUAUCA